AUGAAUGCCUCAGCGUCCACAUCGGCAGGUCUCAGUGAGGCCGAAGGUCCACCUCUCGAUCUCUCCGGAGUUCCUGACGUCUGGGACGGUUUUCGUUCAGCCAUAAAGGACCAUCCAAAUGAGUUGGCUCUGGUGUGCACUCAUCAGCCGCAUAAUCUGUUCGGAUUUCCUAGUUUCGCUUCGCCUGGUCCGGAAGACAGCAGCAUCACGGACGAACCACCACCAGCUUAUCUUCGAUGGACCUUUCAAACUCUUGCCCAAGCCAUCCACAAGCUUGUCCUUGCCAAAAAGUCCACGGCCGCAGAUGCUGGCUUAUCGGGGGAGCUCGGCCCUGGAACUCCGGUGAUAACCUUCCUCCGGAAUGGAACCGACUUUGUGCUUGCAGCUUGGGCAUCGGUUGUGACGGGCUGCACCCUCACUCCGUUGAACCCUUUGACACUCAAGAAUCGGGAUGAGGCCUCCCACAUGCUGAGAACGGCUCUGAGUCUUGCCCCCGACGGCCAUAAACUGAGGUUCAUCUACGCAGCCGACUCGGACGUGGCCAAAAACGUCGACGAGCUGGACGCGGACAUCCUUGGGGCUCACAGUAUCAAGAUUCUGGCUUCCGGGUCUGAGGCGAGAGACGGCUGGCUUCAUCUUGAUGGCUUGGUCAGGGCGCUUGAUGCCAGUGGCAGCGGCGAUUUGAGCCUGUACACCCCACUUGCUGGCCUCGAAGGCAAGGAUCACGCCCAAGCCGGAAUUGUACUCUUUACAAGCGGUUCAACAAGCAGGCCCAAGGGCUUGUUCUGCCGUCACGCCGUCUUGAACACUUACACCAAUAGUCGACUGCUGCUUUCACCGCCGCAUCUCCUCCCACAACCUGGCUCAAGAGUUUGCAGCAUCCUGCCCAACAACCACGGUAACGGCUGGACCUGCAUUCAGACCGCACAUGGCCGUGGCGCGGCCCUAGUGUUCCCCGGCCCGGCGUUCUCCACGCCGGAAGCACUGGUAUCUACCCUUCGCCGAGAACGCAUCACGCACACGCUGUUGGUGCCGACUCUGGUUCACGCCUUGGUGGCCGUCAUGGAAAAGGGCCAGCCGCCGCUGGAAUCACUGCUCAGCGUUACCUUCGGGGGCAUGGUUCUAACCAAACAGGAGACGCUUGCGACGGCAAAGGUUCUCGGGGCCAAAGCCAUUGAAAAUGCCUACGGUUGCACCGAAGGUGUACUUACCAGCACAGGCAGUGUGGUUGUAUCUGGUCCAGACCCUCAUAUGAGCUCGUCCAACGAUCCGGAAGAGGUUUCCGUUGGGGGACCACCGAUGGGCCACGGCAUCAAGAUCGUGGAUCCUGCCACGGGCUGUGUCGUUCCACGAAAUGUCACAGGGGAGAUCCACGGAUAUGGUCCCAUGAUAUCCCGUGAAGGCCGAUGGUCAUACAUUGGAGACGAGCAAAACAAGGCCUUCUACAUCGAGAAGGAAACAGGCAGAGUGUGGUUCCAGACCGGAGAUAUGGGGAGAAUGGACGAAAAGGGAGAUCUCUUCAUCGUCGGACGGUACAAGGACAUGAUCAUCCGCGGUGGCGAAAACAUUUCCCCUGCCGCUAUCGAGGCCGUUCUCGUGAAGAACUCGGCCCUCCGCACUCUCGACCCGCAAGUCGUCGGUGUCAGGGAUACCAUUGCGGGUGAGGUUCCCGCCGUGGUAAUCAAAGGUGAUCAGCCAGCUGCCGCUGUCGAAAUGGCAGUUCGAGAGACUGUGCUCCAACACAUGACAAGGAUGCACGUCCCGGAUGUAGUCAUUCAUCUCAAGGAUCUAGGUCAAAAAGACUUCCCGCGAACGACUUCAGGCAAGAUUCAAAAGUUCAAGCUCAAGCAGCUUGUGGCAGCCCAUCUUGACAAUCAGACUGCUCCGCAGACUUCGGGGAUAUCCUCCGGACUCGGACAGCAUGAGGAGGAACAGGUCAAGACCAUCUGGGCGACCGCCAUUGGCCUGGGAUCUUCGUCUCAGCUGGAUGUCAACGCACCUCUUGGGCAGUACAUCGACAGCAUCACCAUGAUGCGCGUCCGCGACAAGAUCAGAAAGCAAACGGGCGUGGCACUCCCGUUGGCAGCCAUGGCCCAGGCCGCGACAUUCGCCGAGCAGAUGGAACUUCUGCGCAGCCUGUCGGCGGGCCGAAAAAUGGCUUCUAUGACAACGGAAGUUGGCGCGGCGCAUCUUACGAGGCAGCAAGAGAGGAUAUCGGCCGCCAACGCCAGGAUCGCGAAACGAGGAAGAGCUUUCUCGACAGAGGACAUGGCGGACUCGGGUGUGGAACCGGAGCUCUUCGAGUUCGUCAAAGAUAGGGUCUUGAAGGUCAUCUCACCCCACGGUCUUGGGUGGGACGACGUCGAGGACGUUGGCCCCGCGUACGACGCGAAUGCUGUGCAGGCGCAGUGUGGCUUUUACGAUACCAUCAACUUCAACAUGGCCAUUAGCACGAAGAAGGCCAUAAGUAAACGGGAACUUCGCAGUGCCUUGGAAGCGGCGAUGUUCAACCAUCCCAUCAUGUGCUCGUUCAUGAUCUGGGAUGCCGACUGGCGCAGCGUCAAUCCCAAGCCGAACGAAGCCCUCCACAUCAUCAUGCGCCCGUCGGAGAGAUAUUUCGACUUGGCCAUACAAGACGGCGGCGCUGUUCGCUGCUUGAAGGACGUCGAGGACAUUGCACUUGGCCAUACCGCCGAGGCCCGCCGUUUCCCAGCACCGCAACAGAACACGUUCCCCGGGCCGCUCUAUCGAGUCAUGCUCUUCGACGUGGAAGAGACCGGCACUGUGGCGAUGGUGACGUCCGGGAACCACUCCAUCACCGACCACUCCGCAGGGCAGUUGUUCUACGACGACCUCGACCGAGCCGUCGCGCUGGCUGUCUCCCCGAGUCUCGCCUCAAGCGGCUCAACCGCCGCGAGCAUUCAAGCGCAGCUACCAGAACACAAGGACUAUAAGCCCUAUCUGGACCUGCAUCGCGCUUUGCGCAGCUCUCCGCGGGCUUUGGCGUCCGUCAAGUGGCAUGUCGAUCGGCUUUCUUCGCUGCCUCAACACGUCGACGCCGGGGCAUUGUGGCCAAGCCCGAAAUCCUGGAUGCACGUCUCGUUGGAAGAUCAUUACAGAGAAACCCAUCAACUGCAACACGGCUUCUCGAUAAGAGCCCGCCCAGCAGAUCCCACAGGCUCCACGCCCAUCUCCAUCUCCACCAUCGUCAAGGCCGCCGUGGCGAUAGCAAGCGCCCGCAGAAGUGGCUAUACGACCACGGGGGCCACGACAGGCGCCAAGUCGAGAGUGGCCGUGUUCUCCAGUGUCGAAGCGGCGCGAUCCCACUACAACCCAUUCCUACCCCCGUCCGUUACUGCCACCGAACCGUCCCACCGAGGAGAGGAGCACAACGGGUCCCUGCGGUGGGAAGCUGGCGACGUGGCGGGGCCGACAGUGCAAAUCGUGUGCAACGUAGUGGAGAUGCCGAGAUGCGACCGCGAGUCGGUCGAAACCGUUUCCCAGUUCCUGGGUCGUAUGCAGCGGGAGCAGGAACUCCAGACCAAGCACGCCUCCGCACCCUGGCGAGCCAUCAUGGACGAGCUGGAAGACCCGAACGCCAUGGAGAGGCCCUGGCCGCUGCUGCCUUUGGUCCACGGCACCCUCAUGUUCAACUGGGCCCCUGGACUCGGCGAGAGCGCCAGGGCGACGCAAGCUUACGCAGAGGAUGCGAGGCUCUCCCAGUUCGAGAACCUGGACAUGUUGAAGUCGGUGCAGAAGCCGCGAGUCGGGCUCGUCGUCUCCGCCGGCGCCAGCAGCAGUGGCCCCGGGGCAACGGGCUCGGGUUCGGGUUCUGUCACCACCGUGUUCUUACAUCUCAGGGGUGCAGGGCUCGGGUGGGGUUCUGACGGCGGGAUGCUUUCUUUCGCCAGGGAGAUUGAGGAGAUGACUCGGUGGCUAUCGGUGGACGAGAAUAAGGGGCUCCCACUUCAAGAGGCGUUUGGUGGUCGCGAGUGA